GUCAAGUGUUUUUCUUCUUGUCAUCUGUCAAAACUGAAAUUUCAUAAAAUGUGUGGUUGUUUCUAAAAAUUGUGAUUUUGAUUAGAUUUAUUGACUGAAACUGUGAAGCACAUGCAGAGUCUGUAAUAGUUUUGAUAUUCUCGUUCAGAUCUGGUUGAAAUAAUAAAACAAAAUGGGCAACGUACACGCUUAUUCAUCUAAUCCACCACCACCGCCACCACCAACAGGAGCUUCAUUUUCAAAGAAAAAAGAAUGUGAGCGUGAACCCACCGCUAGUCCCUCAGUUAUUGAAAACCCUGGACCUCUAGAAGAUAUACAUACUAAGUGUAAAAAUGUAUUUCCUACAUGUUUUGAAGGUGCUAGAGUAAUGCUUACAAGAGGUCUCAGUAAUCACUUUCAGAUAUCACAUACAAUAAAUAUGAGUUCAAUUACUCCUAGUGGCUAUAGGUUUGGAGCAACCUAUGUAGGAACAAAACAAAUAUCUCCCACCGAAGCUUAUCCUAUAUUGUUAGGAGACAUUGAUCCAUCAGGGAAUCUUAAUGCAACUAUUAUCCACCAACUUCAACCCAACAUUCAAGCAAAAUUUGGAGCACAGGUACAAAACUCCAAAUUUCAAGUAGGUCAGUUGACAAUGAAUUAUAAGGGUCCCCUUUACACUGCCAGUUGUACUGUUGCUAAUCCAGAUAUAAUAAAUGGUUCAGGUGUGGUCGUGUUACAUUAUCUACAAGCAGUAACGGCCAGUUUAGCGCUGGGAACUGAGCUCGCUUACCAAAAUGGACCUGGAAUUCCUGGAGGGCAAAUAGCUCUACUAAGUGCAGCUGCUAAGUAUUCCACAGAAAAUGUACAAAUAUCAGGCACAUUAGGAGUCUCGGGAGUUCAUUUGUGCUAUUACCAAAAAGCCAGUAAACAGCUACAAAUUGGUGUCGAAUUAGAAGCUAAUCAUAGAAUGCAAGAGGCUGUAGCAUCUGUCGGAUAUCAGGUGGAUUUACCAAAAAGUGAUGUAGUAUUUAAAGGUCAUAUUGAUUCAAAUUGGUCAGUAGGUGCAGUUUUAGAAAAGAAAUUAAGUCCUCUACCAUUUACAUUAGCUCUUAGUGGCUUAAUGAAUCAUAACAAAAACCAAUUUAGACUUGGCGUCGGAAUAUUGGUCGGAUAGAAAUAGACAUUUUAUAAAUAUAUAAAUAUUAGUCAUAAAUUCAUUGUUGCGACAACUUACCUAUUAAAGUUUUAUCAAUUAAA